CACCACCUUACCUUUAAUCCACAUUUCACAACUUACUACUAGAAGCAGCUCACUUAAAAUUGUGCUUCCUAUUCAGCACAUUAUUCUCCUUAUUUCAUUUGCAGUAUAUUAUUAAUCUGUUUGUGGUAAAUUAGAUUUAUCUUUAUUUCACCAUGCUAGAAGGCAAGGCAGUGAUUGGGGAGACAGACAUGCUUCAAACCAUGCAGCAGGAUGCACUGAAUUUGGCAUCAAAAGCAUUGGAUUUCUUUGAUGUCACAGAGGCCACUGACAUAGCCCGCUUCAUCAAGAAGGAAUUUGAUAGGACGCAUGGACCUGGUUGGCAAUGCAUUGUAGGCACUGAUUUUGGUUCGUUUGUAACUCAUUGUUGUGGCUGCUUUAUCUAUUUCUGUAUUGGCAGCUUGGCUAUCUUGCUCUUUAGGGGUUCUCCUCCUCCAUAGGUACAGGAAAAUCACUUCUUAGCUUUAGAGGCAGCUAAAGUAUAUAUUAAUCUUCAUUUUCUUUUAUUCAUAUUUAUGUAUUACUUUUUAAAUGUAAAAUUGAAGAUCUUAGAUAUUAGUUAAUUGCCAAUAAUUUAUAGAAAUAUUGAGAAAAUUUCAGAUGUAUUAUUUUUGGUGUUAUAAGCUUGUCUCCUUGGUCUUA